AUGAGUGCUGUCAUUUCAUCAUGGACUACCUCAGCUUAUCCAACGGAAACUUACUUAAAGACCGUCGCUACAGACCAUUUGUCUGAAUUGACUGUUAGUUAUACAUCGGCCAUUGAAAGAAUAGCUACCGAAAGUGCUAUCGGUAGAUUAAUUUCAUUGUCAAGAGUUAUCAGAGGGGUUCAAGCAACACAAACUAUUGUUUCUGCACAAAACGUUUUAGCCACAGCUACUGCUGAUUCAGUUAAAGCUCAAGCUACUGAAGCUAUUUUCCAUGCUUCAGUCAACUUAGAUGAUUUGAAUUUCGAGGAAAAUCUUUAUGACACAUUUUUAAACAGACCAGCUAAUAUCAUCUAUUUAUCCUUGUUUGCCUUGUUAUUCUUAUAUUAUACAUUCAUGAAUAUCAAAUCAAGAUACAUAUGGUUCAAUGUUACUUUCUGGUGUGGAUAUGCUUUAGAAUUUUCAGGUUUCUUAGGUAGAAUCUUAAGUUUCACUGAUUGGACUAAUAUUAAUUUUUUCCUUCUACAAUUUGUUUCAUUAACUAUAGCUCCAGCUUUCAUAAUGGCAGGGGUAUACUUCACAUUUGCACAGUUAGUGGUGGUUUAUGGAAGACAUUAUUCAGUAUUGAAACCAAUGUGGUAUACAUAUUUAUUCAUUACUUUUGAUGUUGUGUCUUUAGUUAUUCAAGCUAUCGGAGGAGGUAUGGCUUCUCAAGCACAAGCUCAACAAAAAAGUGGUAAAGCUGGUACUAAUGUCAUGAUUGCUGGUAUUGCUUUCCAAGUUCUUUCAAUGACAGUUUUCUUAUCACUUUGGUUUGAAUUCUUAAAUAGAGUUUUCUUCCAUGAUGUGAAUAGAAUUGAUUCAAGCAAUAGUUUAAACAAAAGAAGUUUUGGAAACUUCUUCAAAUUCUUAUUUAAUGGUAAAAACGCCGAUUCGUAUAAGAGAAACACUUUAGAACCCCAUUAUAAUCCAAAAUUUAAUUCAAUUAGAGCCAGGAAAUUAUUGAACUUUUAUCCUUUAGCUAUCACUGCAGCUUCAAUAGCCAUCUACAUCAGAUGUGUUUAUAGAGUUGUUGAAUUGGCUCAAGGUUGGUCUGGGUACUUGAUUACUCAUGAAGUAUUCUUAAUGACUUUGGAUGCUUUAAUGAUUUCGAUCGCUGGUUUGAUCUUUGUACCUUUCCAUCCAUAUUUCGUUUUCGGGCCAAAGAAUAUCUUGAAUGUUUCAACUAUUAGAAACAGAUUAGAUCAUCACCACUCUGAAGAGGAAAAGAUUAACGAUCGUGUUGAAGUUGAAACCCAAAGCCAUCAUGAUUCUGAUACUCAAUUAGAGUCUCAAACUGAAAAGUGA